AUGUUGGAUCUGAAUACAUAUACUCUUUUCUUCAAGGAUGAUUCUGCAACAUCCAACACUGCUUCAUCAGAUUCCAACAGCUCCUCCUUCCAGCCUCGUAACCAUUCACUUUUAACUCUUAAUUUCUCCAUACUUAAGAGCGAUCGUGAAGAUGAGAGUAGUACUACUGGUGAUAUGCUCACGAGACAGCUUUUUCCUGUGAAAGAUGAGACGAAGAAGAUUCAAGGUCAAUCUCAGUGCUGGCUCAACUUGUCUGUAUCGGAAUCCGGUGGGGUACAAGUGCCCGUUUACAAACCUCCGGUGCAUAAGAAAAGCCGACGUGGACCCAGGUCCCGUAGCUCUCAGUAUCGUGGCGUCACAUUUUACCGGCGAACUGGAAGAUGGGAAUCACACAUCUGGGAUUGUGGGAAACAAGUGUAUUUGGGAGGAUUUGAUACAGCUCAUGCUGCUGCUAGGGCAUAUGAUCGAGCUGCAAUAAAAUUUCGGGGAGUUGAUGCUGAUAUCAAUUUCAAUAUAACUGAUUACGACGAAGAUAUGAAGCAGAUGAAGAACUUGUCAAAAGAAGAAUUUGUUCAGGUACUCCGUCGCCAAAGUAAUGGCUUUUCUAGGGGAAAUUCAAAAUACAGAUCAGGUGUAACCUUGCACAAAUGUGGUCAAUUCCUUGGGAAAAAGGCUUAUGAAAAAGCAGCUAUCAAAUGUAAUGGAAGGGAAGCAGUUACCAACUUUGUGGCUAGCACGUACGAACGAGAAAUGAAGGAGGAUAAUAAAGAUGGUGGUAGUGGUGAGAAUCUUGAUCUGAACCUCUGGAUUUCUCCGCCUUUGGAGGGUCUAAAGGGCGGUGAAAUUGGUAGAAAUGUACACUUCAAUUUUGGAGGUCGCGAUAUGGUUAUUGGCAAAACAUUAGAGAUUGAAAGCUCCUCUACUGUUCCACAAGGUCCACCAACAGCGUCUAAGGUUUCCAUAUUGACUGGCAUGUAUCCUGUUUUUUCUCCCCACAGUACAGAAGGAGCAAUGACGAAGGCUGAAGCAGCAAGUUCGUCUCCAGGACUUCCAAAUUGGGCUUGGAAAACACAUAGCCAAGGUGUGGUCACUCCAGUGCCAGUGUUUUCUUCUUCUGCAGCAUCAUCAGGAUUCUCUACUGCUACCACUCUGUGUACAAAUUCCCUCCUACCGCCAGGCAACCAACUAAGUCUCCCCACAAACUCAACUUUCCAAUACCCUUUGUUGACCCUUAACAUCAGUUAAGACGGAUUGCCACGACCACCUAAUGAUCGUGGAAUACAUGCUCAGUCAAGUGGCAAGUAGAUAAAGGCUGUCACUGAACUAUGAAAUUCUUGGAAUUCUGUUUCCAUUGUGUGCAUCAUACAUAAAGCAGCACCAAGUGUAAAUUAUUUAGCACUUGAUGAUGUAUAGGAUGGUAGAAUAAACUUAAAAAGA